AUGUCUGAGGCGGCAGGAAAUCUCAAUAGCCUCCGCAUGGCCAAUGUAGCCCUGCGAGAAGAAUUAAAUGCCCUUCGCGGAGAGAAUGCCAAUUUGGGCCUUCAGCUCGGAAGAGCCCUGGCCGAGGUGAAUUCCUUGCGGGGCAAUGUCUCGAGCUACGUCCGUUGGCCGGUGCCCGUAGUGCCCGUCCCUGUCCCUGCCGAGGAGAACUUUGAGUUCCCGCUCAGUGAGAUCGACGCCGUUCCCGAGGGAGAGCUGCCCUUCUUGUGCUGGCCUCCCCCACGCGCGGAGCCCGAGUACACCUCGGAUGAUCUUUUAAUUAGCGUGAUCCAGGAUUGCAGCACCCCCGACGGGCCCACCGACCCUCCUCUGCUGCGGGUCCCGCCCCCGCCGGCGCUGCCCCAGCCCGCAGCGAAGGAGCCGCCCCCGCAGUCCCCUCUGCCGCCGCUAGAGAAGCCUGAGAUAGACCCCUUUUCAGGCGACCCAGUCUACCUGGCUGAAUUCCUCAUGCAGCUAGAGACUUUCAUAGCCGACCACGAGGAUCAUUUCCCCGGGGGCGCUGAGCGGGUGGCCUUUCUGAUCUCCUUUUUCACUGGGGAAGCCAAGGACUGGGCCAUCUCAGUCACCCAGGUAGGAAGCCCCCUGCACGCCAAUUUCCCGCGCUUCCUGGAUGAAAUCCGUAAGGAAUUCUGUGGCCCCAUCCCCCCUCGUAUAGCUAAAAAGGCCAUCCGCAGGCUCAAGCAGGGGCACUGUACCCUCAGCAGCUAUGCCGAUGCUUUUCAGUUUUUGGCCCAAUUCUUGUCUUGGGAUGACUGCCACCUCCAAAACCAGUUCCUCAAAGGCCUGUCGGAAUUCUUCCGCAAGGAGCUCUUAGGGUCAACUGAAAUGGCUGACCUGGAUGAGCUGAUUCUCGAAUGUGUGGAGAUAGAAAGAAAAGUGCGUGUCCCCAAGCCAGUCCCGCUUCCUGGGGUUCACAGUAUCUUCCUCCCUUUUUCUCCGAAUGCUAAUGACGAUGAAAGUGAAGAUGAAGAGCACCGCAGCGACAAUGAAGACAGAGAGGCACGAAAGCGCAGGCCUCACCCGAAGGACCAGCGGAGGUGCCCACCCUCUAGGCAGGAGGUUAGCCAGGAGGAGGAGGAGGAGAUGAGGAAGAAGGAGGAAGAAAUCAGAAAGGAGGAGGAGGUGGAGGUGAUGAAACAGAAAGAGGAGGAAGAGAUGAGGAAGAGGAAUGAGGAUGAAGUUGAGAAUAAGGAUGAGGAGGAAGAUGAAGAUGAGAAUGGGGGCGGGGAACCCCAGCAGGAGCCAGAGCAGGAGCAGGAGACAGAGGAGACCUCUGCUGAGGUGGAGGAGGAGGCCCUGGAUGAGACCCAAGAAGAUAACCUAGAGGAGCUGAUGGAGAUGGAGGAGCCUGUGGCCCACGCUUCAGCCCAGACUUAUGGCUCCCCAAGUGGCAACCAUGCUGAAAACUUCCUGGGUGCAUCCCCUCCCAUAAUACAGCCCAGCAGACGGAGGAACCAGAAUCGACUCCCACUUCUGGAGGGCCUUCCAGGUACCAAUUCACCAUUCUACAGCUCUCCACCACUGAUUCGCCGCGCAGGUCGUUUGGGGCAGCGCCAAACUCGAAGACGUCCCCCGGUGCUAUUCCGCCUCACUCCGAGACAGGGGGGCCACCGAGCUGCUCGUGGCCGAAUUCGCGUGUGAGUGCUGAGGUGAGAUGGCCACCCGAAACACACCCUUCUACUGCAUCCCCCACCCCUGCUAUUGCUGCCACACCUGCCCCAGCUGCUGACCAGGACUUCAAGGAGUUCCAGACCUGCAGGACUUGAAGAAGACCUGCAGAACUCCAGACCAUCUUGCAGCCGUGACCAGAGAGUGACAUGUGCCCAACCAAGGCCACCUGGGAAAGGAGGGAUAAGCAACAGCUGUCCUUUUGGCAUGUACUCUACUCAGUCCUGCCACAAGCUGGAGAGCAAGUUUCUGGGCCUGUUGCCAUAACUGAACUGGUCACCCUCUUGUAUUUCCCUCUAGUUGUUCCUAACCCUCACCUCUCCUGCAUUCAUUCACCGUGUUCUACGGUUUUAUCCUCUGACUGACUCACCAGGACUUCACCCAGUGCCUCACUGAUCUUCCCCAAGGACUGAAAAGACAAGCUACACUGAACUCCUAAAGCCACUGAGGCCAGUUACUAGACAUAACCAACGGCAAGCAUGAUGUUAUCAAGAAAUGUACCUAGAAGCCUACACUUGUUUCAUGCCACACCUCCAGGAGAAGGGACUGGAAGAGGACCCUGCAUCUAGCCCAGUAAUAGUGUGUAAAGCCACAUGUCAAAUGGACAACUUGACUGCAAGCCGGUCCCACUUCUGGCACUCGAGUUUACCUUCCCACAGGCUCCUGUAUCAGGGCUCCUGGACUGGCGGCCUGCGACAUCUGGGGCCCUCUCCUCUUACUACUCUGCCCUCCUGGGCAUCCCCAGUGGACAGAGCCCAACAUUGCAGGCUCUACCUCUUUCCUUGAUGUUGCCUAAGGGUAGGCAGUUGGGAGGUGAGGGAGGAGGGGGAGGAAAAAGCAGCAGCAACAAUUCAGUUUUACAAUGUAAGGAGUGGCUCUUUCUUUAGGGAUGGUGAUCUCCUCCUCCUGCCAGGCCUUGGACUGCUGCAGCCCCCAGCCAAAGGUCUUGGCAGGAGACUUUCUAUCCUUGGGGUUGCAGAGGAAGCC